CGGCGCUGCGCUGCGCACUUGGCGCUCCGCCGCUCUGCUCCUCCCUCUCUCCCUCUCUCACAUAUCUCCUCUCCGCUCGGUCUCUCGACCAGCUCUGAAAGCAAAGAAAAGAGGACACCGAUCCGCGGCUGUGCCCGUGACCGACGCUCGCCAUUCCCAGCCCCGACGCGUCUCCGCCCGGACACCUCCCCCUCCACGCCUGCCUGUCGCGGUCUGGUCCGGUCGCUCCGCUUCUCCCUCUCUCCCCCCCCUCACUCCUCCUCUUGUCUGGACAGCACUUUAAGUACCUGGAUGCUGGAUGAACGGUCGUGGAGUUGAGAACAAGUGUGAUCUGAAGGAUCUGCCUCCUCGCUGCGUCCUGAAGACUCUUCAGAGUUGUGGACAAUGGAGAGGACGUCCCUGUGCCUCCCUGUGCUUCUUCUCCUCAUGCACUGUUCCCCCUGUGUUCCUGUAACCGUGUCGACCAACAAACACAAGGUGGAAGUGGAGGAGUUCUCAGAUGCAGUGCUGUCGUGCACGUUCCGCACAGAAAAUGACCCGUACCCACGCAUCGAGUGGAAGAAAACGGGGAAAGAUGUCAACUUUGUGUACUUCAACGGACAAUUCAAAGGUUCCUUCGAGGGCCGAGCCUCCAUCGACGGGGCCACGGUGACGCUGCGCAGGGUGACCCAGGAGGACGCGGGAGAGUACCGCUGUGAGAUCAGCGCUCAUCUCGACGCCGUCAACCUGGGAGAGACCAAUGUCACGCUCAAAGUCCUGGUGCCUCCACACACACCGUCCUGCGAAAUCCCCGCGUCAGCUGUGACGGGCUCGGUGGUGCAGCUGCUCUGCCGGGACCAGCAGAGCAUCCCACCUGCUACCUACUCCUGGUUCAAGGACAGCAAGCCUAUCAGCUCGCCCCGCCACGCUAACGCCACAUAUCAGAUCAACUCCCACACGGGAAUACUGGAAUUUAAAUCUGUGGCCAAAGAGGACAGCGGUCGCUACAGCUGCCUGGCGUCGAACGGCGUGGGACUACCAAAGAUGUGUGAGGGGAAACACAUGACAGUAGAGGACGUAAACGUCACGGCCAUGGUSGUAGUAGUGGUGGUGGUCCUCCUGCUCGUGGUCGUCUGCGGCUGCGGGGGACUCCUCCUCCACAGGAACGGCAUCCUCACCCCAGGACACAGAGGAAGUCUGGAUGGUAUUUCAGCUGUGUGAUGCAGAUCUGUGCUUUAAACGCUGAGGGUGAGUCUGUAGAUAAUUAGCACCACGCUCCUGAAGCUUAGAUCCAGUCUUCUAGCUACUUUUCUGUGAGGCUUUGUGUUUACCUCGACCAAGCUUUAUUUCUGUUGCUACUGCUUUAUCCCGAAACGCUGAAUUAAAGGUGUAGUCCAGUUUAAUGGUAACUUAUCAGCCAAGAGGAAGAGUGUGAAAAAAAUGCUGCAUUAGCUAAAUGUUAAAGCUCGACACUGUAKUGUGACUAACUGAAGUGUUCUCCAYGGCUGAUAAGGUACUGACUGUUAGAGAAACAUCCCUUUGACUCCCACAGAAACACUUUUAGCCGUCUUCAUAUCUUCAAGCUCCUGGGAUGUUGUGGACUAACUGUGACUGCUGAAGACGCAUGUUUACCACGGAGAGAACGUCAGGGUCAUCCCUACAGUAAACCCUCCAUCCAAACAGGUGCUGAUGUUUGUCGGACCAAAACCCAGACAGAAUCUGAAGCAGUUUUUGUGUCCUUGAGUGAUAAAUAGUUCGAAGGUGGCAAAUCUCACAGGAUUUUCUCUAAACAAGCACCCUUUAUUUGUCUUUCCUCUGUGGAAAACAUAAAAUCUGGGCUGCAAACAGAAACAUUUGUGCAACAGAUGGACAUCUGUCCGUCUAAUUUAUCACUCAAACAAAAACUGCAUCUAAUCCUUGAUGAGGACCCAAACGUCUUUAAAUCCAAGCAUGAGGUGGGAAACCUCUGCCAAACCCUUUAAAUCUAAUAAACUAUUUCUUUUAUAUCAGGAGGCUUCCUUUUUGUUCAGCUACAUUAAUAUAGAUGAGCUGCCAGGCAGGAAAAAACUAACCCUUCAAAAUAAAAGUCCUGUGAAACAAAGGAAUCUCAAGUGGCCUCAGAUAUAUUUUAAAUAACCCUUUGAAAUGACUGAGCACCACUUGACCUUUUAACCCCAGCUCCAGCAUGGUGUGCAGUUUGAGUCACCGCCCUGACCCCGUCCCCCACUUCGCCCCA